UACUGCUCCCGGUGCUUGGCUGGCGGGGGAAAGUCUGAGGUGUAUCCGUGAGGAGACCCUUUGAAAGGGCCCAUGUGAGGACUGGGAAGAGGACGGUUGGUUGUGUGUCCGUGCUCGUGGGGACCCUGUGCGUGACUGCACUGGAAGGAUGGUGGGGCGAUGUAGUGGAUUGUGAACCUCCUGUAGCGCUGCCCGGGAUCUCCAUCUUUCCAUCCUGGGGAGGCAUCCUUCCAGGGACAGGAGCUGGAAUUCCAGCAUGGCCGAGGAGAAGAAACUGAAACUCAGCAAUACUGUGUUGCCCUCUGAGUCCAUGAAGGUGGUGGCAGAAUCUAUGGGCAUUGCUCAGAUUCAGGAGGAGACUUGCCAGCUACUGACAGAUGAGGUCAGCUACCGCAUCAAGGAGAUUGCCCAGGAUGCUUUGAAGUUCAUGCACAUGGGGAAACGACAGAAGCUCACUACCAGUGACAUUGACUAUGCAUUGAAGUUAAAGAAUGUGGAGCCACUGUAUGGCUUCCAUGCUCAGGAGUUCAUCCCUUUCCGGUUUGCCUCUGGUGGGGGCCGGGAGCUGUACUUCUAUGAAGAGAAGGAAGUGGACCUGAGUGACAUCAUCAACACCCCUCUGCCUCGGGUGCCUCUGGAUGUCUGCCUCAAAGCUCAUUGGCUAAGCAUCGAAGGCUGCCAGCCAGCUAUACCAGAGAAUCCACCCCCAGCUCCCAAAGAGCAGCAGAAGGCUGAGGCCACAGAACCCCUGAAAUCAGCAAAGCCAGGCCAAGAAGAAGACGGACCCCUGAAAGGCAAAGGUCAAGGGGCAGCUGCAGCCGAUGGCAAAGGAAAAGAGAAGAAGGCACCUCCCUUGCUGGAGGGGGCCCCUUUCCGCCUGAAGCCCCGCAGCAUCCAUGAGCUGUCUGUGGAGCAGCAGCUGUAUUACAAGGAGAUCACGGAAGCCUGUGUGGGAUCCUGUGAGGCCAAGAGAGCGGAAGCUCUGCAGAGCAUUGCCACGGACCCGGGGCUCUAUCAGAUGCUACCACGGUUCAGUACCUUCAUCUCAGAGGGGGUCCGUGUGAAUGUGGUCCAGAAUAACCUGGCCUUGCUCAUCUACCUGAUGCGUAUGGUGAAGGCCCUGAUGGACAACCCCACCCUGUAUCUAGAGAAAUAUGUGCACGAGCUGAUUCCAGCAGUAAUGACCUGCAUUGUGAGUAGACAGCUGUGCUUGCGGCCAGAUGUGGACAAUCACUGGGCACUCCGGGAUUUUGCUGCCCGUCUAGUGGCCCAGAUCUGUAAGCAUUUCAGCACAACCACCAACAACAUCCAGUCCCGAAUCACUAAGACCUUUACCAAGAGCUGGGUAGACGAGAAGACUCCAUGGACAACUCGAUAUGGCUCCAUUGCAGGCCUGGCAGAGCUGGGACAUGAUGUGAUUAAGACGCUAAUUCUGCCAAGGCUGCAGCAGGAAGGGGAACGGAUCCGCAGUGUCUUGGAUGGGCCUGUGCUGAGCAACAUCGACCGUAUUGGAGCAGACCAUGUGCAGAGCCUUCUCCUGAAACACUGUGCCCCAGUACUGGCCAAGCUGCGCCCUCCACCUGACAAUCAGGAUGCCUACCGGGGAGAAUUUGGGUCCCUUGGGCCCCUUCUCUGUUCCCAUGUGGUGAAGGCCAGGGCCCAGGCUGCUCUACAAGCUCAGCAGGUCAACAGGACCACACUCACCAUCACACAGCCUCGGCCCACACUGACCCUUUCACAGGCCCCUCAGCCAGGCCCUCGUACGCCUGGCUUAUUGAAGGUCCCUGGCUCCAUUGCCUUGCCUGUUCAGACACUGGUGUCUGCGAGAGCCGCUGCUCCUCCUCAGCCUUCUCCUCCUCCAACCAAGUUUAUUGUAAUGUCCUCAUCUUCCAGUGCCUCAUCAACCCAGCAGGUUCUGUCCCUCAGCACCUCAGCUCCUGGCUCAGGCUCUACCACUACCUCUCCUGUCACCACCACGGUUCCCAGCGUGCAGCCCAUCGUCAAGCUGGUCUCCACUGCUACCACUGCACCCCCAAGCACAGCCCCUGCUGGUUCUGGCAGUGUUCAGAAAUACAUUGUGGUCUCUCUUCCCCCAACAGGGGAAGGCAAAGGAGGCCCUCCUUCUCAUCCUUCUCCAGUCCCCCCUUCAUCUUCUUCACCAUCCCCACUUGGGGGCAGUACCCUCUGUGGGGGGAAGCAGGAAGCUGGGGACAGCCCCCCUCCAGCUCCAGGGACUCCAAAGGCUAAUGGCUCCCAGCCUACUGGACCUGGCUCUCCCCAGCCUGCUCUGUGAUGUGUCACA